GUUACAUAAAACCCGUUGCAUUAUGAGCAGGGUUCAAAUCGAACAAUCAUCAGAAAAUGUUGAAAACAUUGAUGAAGACGUGCCUAGUGACAUAGAGAAUUUCGUGGAACAGAUGAUCAAGAAAAUUAUGAACGCGCGUUUUACUAAACCUUGUCUUUCUCACAACGCUCCAGAAGUUGACACUCAUUUGACAAUAAAAGAAAUUCAUGUCGUGGCAAAAGCUGCCGCUGAGUCGUUUCUCAAGCAGAAAAGCCUAAUCAGAUUAUCGAGCGAUUGUUUCCCAGUCACCGUUGUGGGCGAUUUGCAUGGGCAACUCACAGACUUAAGGAAAAUCAUAGAUAGAUGUGGUGAUCCAUCAAGAAAUACUUAUGUGUUCUUGGGAGACUACGUUGAUCGCGGAACGCAGGGUUUGGAGCUGGCGAUUCUCUUGUUCUCUUUCAAACUGCGCUAUCCAAAUCGCGUUUUCUUGCUGAGGGGUAAUCAUGAAGAUGUAAACACUACCAGUACCUAUGGUUUCUACGACGAAUGUAUGAUGAAGUAUGGUAGACGCGGUGAAUUGGUUUAUUUGAUGCUGGUCAACGCCUUCAAUCACCUUCCUCUUGCGGCUCUGAUUGGUGGAAGAAUUUUAUGCAUGCAUGGUGGACUUUCGCCUCACAUACAAACACUAGCUGAUAUAGAAAAGAUCGCCCGGCCAUCGAUUAUCCCUCCAUAUGGAAUACUCUGCGAUAUUGUUUGGUCGGAUCCAGAUUCGCAUCAGCCUGGCUGGUCAUUAUCCUGUCGCGGAAUCUCGUUCUCAUUCGACGAAACAGUAGUGGAGCAAUUUUGUCAAAAACAUGGAAUUGACCUGAUUGUAAGGGCCCAUCAAAUCACUGGAGAGAUGAUUCGUGGUGGUCAUAGAAUGUUUGCUGGCGGUCGCUUAGUUACAAUAUUCUCAGCGCCUAAUUAUCAGAAUAUGAUGAAUGACAGCUGUGUACUGCGAAUAAAGAAGAACUUCGUGGUGAAUUUUCUGAUUUUCCGACCUGUUGCACGACGACAGCAGCUAAUGUUACCAAGACGUCAGCCGAUGAGAAGUUAUCUUAUGAGAUGUCCGAGUUAA